AUGGCACGUCGGGUGGUGUACUUACUGGCAUGCGCUUUAGCUCUUCUGGCUUCAACACUUACUUCUGCUGCAAUUGUUGAGCAUUCAUUCCAUGUGCAAAAUCUGACUAUCCAGCGGCUGUGCCAAAAGCGAGUGAUCACUGCUGUAAAUGGAAGCCUUCCAGGACCGAGGAUACGCGUUCGAGAGGGCGACACCCUUGUUGUUCAUGUCUACAACUUGUCACCAUAUAACCUUACUAUUCACUGGCAUGGGAUUUUCCAGCUACUAAGUGGCUGGGCCGAUGGACCGCAAUAUGCGACUCAAUGUCCGAUCCUGCCCGGACAUAGCUAUACCUACAGGUUCACCAUCACCGGACAGGAAGGGACUCUCUGGUGGCAUGCACACGUACAAUGGCUUAGAGCAACAGUUUAUGGGGCACUCAUUAUCCGGCCAAGAGUUGGCCGUUCUUAUCCAUUCCCAAAACCCUACAGGGAGGUCCCAAUUGUUCUAGGAGAGUGGUGGAACGCUAACGUUAUUGAUGUGGAAAACCAAGCGUUAGCCAGCGGUGGUGCUCCUAACAUCUCCAAUGCUUUCACCAUUAAUGGCCGGCCGGGAGAUCUCUACCCGUGUUCUUCAUCUCAAACAUUUAAGAUUAAAGUUGUACAAGGAAAAACAUAUCUCCUACGUAUCGUCAAUGCUGCACUCAAUAAUCAAUUAUUCUUCAACAUAGCCAACCACAAAAUGACAGUCGUCGCCGUUGACGCCUCCUACACUAACCCGUAUGUCACCGACAUUGUCGUAAUCGCCCCCGGCCAGACCACUGACGUCCUCUUAACCGCCGAUCAGCCACCGGCAUCUUACUACAUGGCAGCACAUCCCUAUGCCAGCGCAGCUGGGGUAUUGGUCGAUAACACGACCACCACCGGAAUAAUCGUCUAUGACGGCGCCACCUCGCCCAAACCCAUAAUGCCGGUGCUACCAGCCUUCAAUGACACCCCUACCGCCCACAAGUUCUACAGCAAUCUAACUGGGUUGGUUACUUCACCCUUCUGGAUCCCAGUGCCACUGAAAGUGGAUGAACCCAUGUUUAUCACUGUGGGCCUAGGCCUGGCUGCAUGUGGAGCAAAUGCCACUUGUGCAGGCCCAUUUGGGCAAAGAUUGGCUGCGAGCAUGAACAAUGCAUCUUUCCAAUUCCCCACCAAGUUGUCAAUGUUACAAGCUUUUUUCAAUAACGUUGAUGGAAUCUACACCACUGAUUUUCCUAACCAACCACCAUUGGUAUUUGACUACACUAAUGCAAAUAACAGCUUCAAUCAGUCACUUGUGAUGACAACAAAGUCAACCAAAGUGAAGAAAGUUAAGUUCAAUUCAACGGUUGAGAUGGUGAUGCAGAACACAGCUUUGAUUGGUGUAGAAAACCACCCUAUACACUUGCAUGGAUUCAACUUCCAUGUGUUGGCUCAAGGGUUUGGCAACUUUGAUACCGUCAACGAUCGGAAAAAGUUUAAUCUUGUCAAUCCACAACAACGUAAUACAAUAGCUGUCCCGGUCGGAGGGUGGACAGUUGUUAGAUUUCAAGCUAACAAUCCAGGUGUUUGGCUUAUGCACUGUCACUUGGACGUGCACUUGCCAUGGGGACUCGCCACCGCCUUCGUUGUGGAGAAUGGGGGAACACCGUCGUCUACCCUACCUCCGCCUCCCCCAGAUCUACCCCAUUGCUAGAAGAAGUAGUCCUCCCUCCAUCAAUAAUUAUUUCAAAUUAUCAUUUUAUUUUCAUUUUCGUGUUCGUUACGGUUUCUUUGUAAUAAUGUAAGCUCAAUAAUUUAUCAUUG